UGCUGCAACAGCUUGGCAUGGCGCCCAAGCUUCCUGUGCUACGACGAGCAAGGUCGCUGCCGCUGCUUUUUCUUGCCAACUUUGUUGUGCUGCAGUUACAAUGCUCCUAUGGGCUUCCGCUCCAGAAUGAACCGAGACAAAUAUACAUCAUCUACCUUGGUGGGCGACAAAGUGACGAUGCUGAUCUUGUCACUGCUUCCCACCAUGAUCUCCUUGCGUCUGUUGUCGGCAGCAAGCAAGAAGCGGUAGAGUCGAUUAUCUACAGCUAUAGACAUGGAUUCUCCGGCUUCGCUGCUUUGCUCACGAAAUCACAGUCUACAAAGAUUGCAGGUCUGCCUGGCGUAGUUAGUGUAACGAAAAACCGAGUCCACCACACACGCACAACUCGAAGCUGGGACUUUGUGGGGCUGCACUACAACGACGAUCAGCCAAACGGUUUGCUCGCAAAGGCGGCUAAAUACGGAGACGACGUCAUUGUCGGCGUCAUCGACUCAGGCUUCUGGCCAGAGUCGCCUAGCUACGCUGACCACGGCUACGGCCCCCCUCCUUCGCGAUGGAAGGGAGUCUGCCAGGGCGGCGACGACGGCUCGUUCGGCCCGAACAACUGCAACCGCAAGGUCAUAGGGGCGCGGUGGUACGCUGCCGGCGUGAGCGACGACAAGGAGAGGCUCAAGGGCGAGUACAUGUCCCCCAGGGACGCCGAAGGCCACGGAACCCACACCUCCUCCACGGCGGCCGGCAACGUCGUCGGCAACGUCAGCUUCCACGGGCUGGCGGCCGGCGCGGCGCGAGGCGGCGCGCCUCGCGCCAGGCUCGCUAUUUACAAGGCCUGCUGGGGCGCGCCCCCGUUGUCGGGCUCGUGCGACGACGCCGAUGUGAUGAAGGCCAUGGACGAUGCCGUCCACGAUGGCGUUGACGUCCUCUCGGUCUCUAUCGGCGGGCCCUCUGAGACGCCGGGCACGUUGCAUGUCGUCGCGAGUGGGGUCACGGUUGUCUACGCCGCUGGGAAUGAUGGGCCUGUCGCCCAGAUGGUGGAGAACUCGUCCCCGUGGCUGUUCACCGUCGCCGCAACGACUGUGGAUAGGAUGUUCCCCACAGCCAUCACCCUGGGAAACAACCAGAUUGUGCAUGGUCAAUCCUUAUACGUGGGGACGCAAGGGAGAGAAGAUCAUUUCCACGAGGUCGUGCCCUUGGUGAACUCAGGUUGUGAUCCAGAGUACGUAAACAGCAGCGAUGUGAAGGGGAAGAUUGUCUUCUGCAUCACACCGGACAGCUUGUAUCCAUCUGCUACAGUUACUGCUGUUGCACAGCUAGUGUUGGACAAUGGAGGGAAAGGGUUUAUAUUCACGGGAUAUAACAGGGACAAUAUCGUUCGGUGGGAACCUGUUACAAGCAAAAUGAUACCAUUCAUUUUAAUCGAUCUUGAGGUCGCCUACCACAUCUUGCAGUACUGCAUCUCAACUGACGGUACCCCAAGAGCAAAGAUCUCUUUGGCUCAAACAACUUUUGGAACUGGGGUUCCUGCCCCCAAGGUAGCAGUGUUCUCGUCUAGAGGACCUAGUGCCGUCUAUCCAGGCGUUCUUAAGCCUGAUAUAGCUGCACCUGGGGUGAACAUCUUAGCUGCCGCCCCACAAAUUCCUUAUUACAAAGAGCAGCUGGGUGGCGUCCUGUACCAUUUUGAGUCUGGAACAUCCAUGGCUACCCCUCAUGUGUCUGGUAUCGUCGCCCUGCUUAAAUCAUUGCAUCCUGACUGGUCACCUGCGGCCCUCAAAUCGGCGCUCAUGACAACUGCACUUACCACCGACAACAACGGGAUCCCGAUACAAGCAGAUGGAAACCCAGUAAAGAUCGCCGACGCUUUCGAUUACGGAGCAGGGUUUGUCAACCCAACCAAGGCUGACGAUCCCGGUCUCAUAUACGACAUCCAACCGUCAGAUUACCUCAGGUUCUUCGACUGCACGGGAGGGUUGGGUACCAACGACAACUGCACGGCACCUAGGGCAUCUGUUGUAGACCUCAACCUUCCGUCGAUCGCAAUCCCUAGUCUCAAGGCGCCCCAAACCGUCACGCGCACCGUCACCAACGUUGGGCGCCAGACUAACGCAGUGUACAGAGCAGUCCUCCAGCCGCCUCCGGGCGUGGAGAUGUCCGUUGAACCGUCGGUCUUGGUCUUCGAUGCCAAGAGGAAAGCACAGAGCUUCAAGGUGGCCUUCAAGGCGACGCGUCGGUUCCAGGGCGACUACACCUUCGGUAGCUUGGCAUGGCACGACGGAGGCAGCCACUGGGUUCGGAUCCCGGUUGCGGUCCGCAUCGUAAUCCAGGAUCUGUAUUCGACCGUCUCUUGAAUCGAUCCCAUUGCGGAACUCGUCUAGAAAAAGAAAUAAUGUUACAUGAAGCUAGCGAGUGUUUCCAUAAGGAACCCUCGCUCGUGGUGCCAAGACCGUAUUUGGUGCAUAUAUAUGAAAAAUAUAUAUCCUUAAUUUUGCUUGGGUUGGUU